AUGCCACCCCACGAAGGAUUGGUCCACCUGAAAGAGUACGACAUCAAGGACAGCAAUGUGGAGCUGAUCGGGUCUGACCUCGACCGCCGUGUCAAGUACAAUUCCGCUGCGACCGAACCAGCUUGGAACAAUGGACAGAUCGGCCAAGAAGCGGGAUUCUUCAUCUGGCGAAUCGAAAACUUCGAGGUUGUUCCUUGGCCGAAAGAGCGAUAUGGCGAAUUUUACGACGGUGACAGCUUCAUUGUGCUGCACUCAUACAAGGUCGGGAAGCAACAAGGCGAGGAGAAACUAGCCCACGAUAUCUUCUUCUGGUUGGGCAGUAAGACUACACAGGAUGAAGCCGGGACUGCCGCCUACAAAACUGUCGAGCUGGAUGAGUUCUUGCACGGCGCUGCCACUCAACAUCGCGAGACACAAGCGCAGCCCUCCGACGAGUUCUUGUCCUUAUUCCGUCACUACCAGAUUCGGUCUGGUGGUGUGCGCUCCGGGUUUACCCACGUCGAGCCGGAGGAGCAGAGGGAGAUUCUCACACUACUCCGCAUCUUCAAGGACCCCGGUGGUGGCCGUGCGAUCAUUGUCUACGAGGUGGAACCCACAUGGCAAAGCCUUGAUGAAAAGGACGUCUUUGUUUUGGACAAGGGUGAAAAGAUCUGGGUCUGGCAGGGCAAGAGCUGCAGCCCAAUGGAGAAGGCUAAGGCAGCACAGGUGGUGAAUGACAUGACUCUAGCAAAGCAUAUCGAUGUGGAAGUUUUGUCGCAACUUGAAUCCCGCUCAAAGAUCAUUGUCGAUCUACUGGGAGGCAAGGAAGUGCAACAACAUACAUUCCAAGCCCCUCGGCCCGGGUCAUUUGCCAAGAGAUCCGCUGAGGCUAAUGACACUCCUCAUCCGCGCAAGCUUUUCCGUCUCAGCGAUGCCUCUGGGCAACUGUCCUUCGAUCUUGUCAAAGACGGCGGUCGGAUCAGCCGGUCGGACUUUGACGGCAACGAUGUCUUCCUAUAUGACGUUGGCAGAACCCUUUGGGUCUGGCAGGGCCUCGGCGCCAGCGAGCGCGAAAAGGCACACUGGCUCAAGGUUGCCCAAUAUUACGUCCGUCGACUUCAAGAAAGCCAAGAAGAUUCCGAGGCAUACCUUACUCCCAUUGCCAAGGUGGUUCAAGGUCACGAAAGCACGGCAUUUUGGAAGACCAUCGAAGUGUAG